AUGCGGCAUAACCACCUGGAGCCUUUAAGGGCAGCAGGAGCUGAUACGGCCACUGUCAGAACAAGCGGCACUGAGCACGCAAUCCACGCCUCCGCCGCCAUCGGAACAGCACCGCCCCAUAAAAUAAUUGAACUGUCCCUGAAGGUGUUGGAGGAAGAAGACAGGAAUAUCACCUUGAUUCAGAGUCAGACACAGAUGAUGCUGACCUGGGAUACAGUGCACGAAUCUAAUGACUCAGGUACUAUUGUGGUGGGCCUUGUCUCCACCCCAGGGAUAGGGAAGUUGUUGGAUAAAGUCCCCCUGGUCCUGGAUACUGAAGAACAGGCAGUUCUGCUUGAGACACACAAGAGUUUGCUGCAAGAAAUCUCCCACAUCCUGCUGUCAGAUGUUGUAUCUACCUUUAUCACCAGCAAUAACACCCAGAACCUCAGCUCCCCAGUCACCUUUGUCUUCCAACAUUCAGUGAUCCCUGGGCCAAGGGAGAAGAUACGCUGUGUUUUCUGGGAGUGUGGCCAGAAUGGAAUUUGUCAUUGGGCCGCCAAAGGCUGCAGGAUGGCCAGCACCAGAGACAACAGCACCAUCUUCCAAUGCACCCACCUCAGCAGCUUUGCUGUCCUCAUGGCCCAAUACGAUGUGCAGGAGAAGGAUCCCACACUGACUGUGAUCACCUACGUGGGGCUGAGCCUCUCUCUGCUGUGCCUCCUCCUGGCAGCCCUCACCUUCCUGCUGUGCAAAGCCAUCCAGAACACCAGCACUUCGCUCCACCUGCAGCUCUCACUCUGCCUCUUCCUGGCCCACCUGCUCUUCCUAAUAGCCAUCAACAGAACCGAGAUCAAGGUGCUAUGUGCCAUCAUUGCAGGUGCCUUGCACUAUCUCUACCUGGCCUCCUUCACCUGGAUGCUGCUGGAGGGCCUGCACCUCUUCCUCACUGCACACAACCUGACGGUGGUCAACUACUCCAGUGUCAACAAGUUCAUGAAGAAACUCACAUUCCCAGUGGGCUACGGAGUCCCGGCUGUGAUUGUGGUCAUUUCUGCAGCAUCCAGGCCCCAUCUUUAUGGAACACCCACCCAGGUAAGAUGCUGGUUCCACACAGACAAAGGAUUUAUAUGGACCUUUCUUGGCCCUGUCUGCACCAUCUUCUCUAUUAAUUUCCUGAUAACCUUCUGGAUUGUGAAAAACAAGCUCUCAACACUGAUGAUGUCCACUCUCUGGAUCACUAGGAUGAUGACAUUUAAAGCCACAGCUCAGCUCUUCAUCUUGGGAUGCACAUGGUGUCUGGGAAUCCUGCAGGUGGGACCGGCUGCCCACAUCAUGGCCUACCUCUUCACCAUCAUCAACAGCCUGCUGGGUGUCUUCAUCUUCCUGGUGUACUGCCUCCUAAGCCAUCAGGUCAAAGAGCAGUACAGGACAUGGUUCAAAAGGAUGAAGAAAACCAAAGCCGAGUCUGAGAAGUACACACUCUCCAGCAAGACCUUGUCAGAUCCCUCUAAACACAGUGUGGAAAAACAGAUUUAUGGUGAUAGAAGUCAGAAUACUGGUUACCUCUGA